AUGGUGAUCCCUCCACCAGAAAGGGUAGCUAGAGUCACCCGUUUUCUCAAGCCCUUCCUGUUGAGGAUGCAUUUCACAAACAAAUAUGUAUCUGCUCAGGUCAUCCAUACCCUGACAGCGACAGUUGCAUGUUCAGCAAGCUCGCAGGGGAAUCUGCUGAGACCAAACAUGGAGUUGACCAGUGAUGUUGCAGCUGUUGCGAAGAUUGAGAAGUUUUUCGGCGAGCGCCUGCUGGUCAAGGGAAUACCUGCGGUGUCCAUCCACAUGAAGAGAGAACAGAAGUACCAUGGGAAAGUCAAGGCUUUAUAG